GGUAUUUGUUUUAUAGCUGUAGUCUCCCAAAUCCUGAACUGGCCCGUGUUCACGCCUCUUAGUCGACUUUCGUACGGCAUUUACAUGACACAUUCCCUCGUCAUACAGAGGUACAAGCUUGCACAAAGGUCGGCUCAUCUCUUCGAUAUCUUUUGCAUGGUUUACGACGUUGUAGGAACCCUGACGAUAUCAAUAGGACUAAGUUACGCAAUGUGGCUGUUGGUGGAGGCGCCACUGAUCAACAUCACCAACCAACUGUUCUUCAACAAGUCUAAUCAAAAAGAACCAAAUAAAAGUCGUGAUGAGAACGGAAUCCAGCAUCAGAAUGGAGCAGCCAAGACCAACAUUUCGUUAAACAAAGCAGCACUGGAUACAAGUGGUGACGAGAAUGGAAUCAAACUUCAGAAUGGAAUAACUAAAACCAAAAUUUUAUAA